AUGAUUAAAAUAAUAUUUCCACAACUUAAUAAUCAUACAUAUGAAAUUAAAAAUCCUGAUUAUUAGAAACCUAUGAAGUUCUAUUUUGAUGAGGCUAUUAUUCAUUUAUAAAAAUAAAUUCCACAAGAAACUAAAUUUUGUUUAACCAUAAAUGAUUAAGAAAAGGAUAUGACUCAAGACUUAAUACAUUUACAGAUAAAUACAUCUUCAAAUAUUAAAAUAAUUUUGAAUAUUUAGAUUCAAAUUACAAUCACAUUCUAAACAAUGGAAGAAAAAGUUACUCUUGUAUUUAAUUCUUUUGAUAAUUUAUAUAAAUUAGAAAAGUAAAUCAAAAAAACUCAUAAUUUAGUGUCUUAUGAUUUGAAUUUCUUUUAUAAAUAAUAAUAAUUAAGAAAAGAUAUAUCACUAAAAGCUUUAUCUAUUUAAAAUGAUUCUGUAAUUAAUUGUUAAAUAAUGGGAACUUAUUCAAUAAACUACUAGGUUGAGUAAUUUAUAAUUAUCAAUAUAUUUUCAACAAUAGAUUAAGUAUAUUAAUAAAUUUAGAAUUAUUUUCAUCUUAAAUAAGAAUUUUAACUAUAUUUUUAAGAUGAAUUAUUAAAAUAAAGAUAAUAUAAUAGAGAUAUAUUAUUUUAUGAAUAUAAAAUAAAACCAUAUUCUGAAAUUCGAUUGAAAUUAUCUGAUAAUUUUACUAUAGAAGUAUUUAUCGAUUCAAUAAAAAUGCUACAACAUUACACGGUUUCUAAAAAUACGAAGAUAGGGGAUUUAAAAAAUUAUUUAAUUGAACAAUGUCAAAUUGAUAAACAUUGUUCAUAUUAAUUAUUUAUUGAAGAUUAAAUAUUAUCUGAUGAUUAUUAAAUUUCUGAAUUAACUAAAAUAUAUAAGAUUAAUUCUAAAUAAUUAAAUAAAAUCUUUACUUUAAAAGUUGUAGAUAAAAGUAUUACAUUCUAUAUAUGUAAAAAAGAAUUAGAUGAUUUUAAAAUUAGAGUAAUUAUGAAUUAAAAUAAUUAAAUAUAAGAUUUAUAAAAUUUAAAAUAAUUGGAAGGAUAUAAAUGUCAAUUUUACUUUAAUAAUUAAAUAUUAAAUAACCAUAAAACAUUCAAAUAGAUUAAUUUAAAUAAUUAAGAUAUUAUUUAUUAUGAAAUUUAACCAGUUUUAAAUUGA